GCGCGGAGCCGAGUCCGCCGGACGGGAGGCGGCCCCGCCGGGGGCUCGGCCCGGCCCCAGCGCUGCCACCAUGGCCGGCCGGACCGUGCGGGCCGAGACCCGGAGCCGGGCCAAGGAUGACAUCAAGAAGGUGAUGGCGACCAUCGAGAAGGUCCGGCGAUGGGAGAAGCGCUGGGUGACGGUGGGCGACACUUCCCUUCGUAUCUUCAAGUGGGUGCCAGUGGUGGACCCCCAGGAGGAGGAGCGACGGCGGGCAGGUGCCGGGGCGGAGAGAUCCCGGGGCCGAGAGCGGCGGGGCAGGGGCACCAGUCCCCGAGCAGGUGGCCCCCUCAUCCUGCUAGAUCUCAAUGCUUUUGCUUCCACAGAUGAGAACAGCAACCAGAGUUUCCAUUCCGAAGGCUCCCUGCAGAAGGGCACAGAGCCCAGCCCCGGGGGCACCCCCCAGCCCAGCCGCCCUGUGUCACCUGCUGGACCCCCGGAAGGGGUCACUGAGGAGGCUCAGCCCCCACCGCUGGGCCAAGAGAGAGAGCCCAUGGUCACACCUGCAGGCGGGACCGAUGAACCCCCAAUGCUGACCAAGGAGGAGCCUGUUCCAGAAUUGCUGGAAGCUGAGGAUUCGGGAGUAAGAAUGACCAGGAGAGCCCUCCAAGAGAAAGGGCUGAAGACAGAGCCGCUCCGGAGGCUCCUGCCCAGGAGGGGCCUGCGGGCAAACGCCCGGCACAGUUCUGCGGUGCCCGAAGCCAGAGCCCCGGGGGGAGGCAGCCAGGCCCCGAGGGCACCCAGGACAGUCCCCCAGGGGAAGGGGAGGUGAGUCGGCUUCCCUGCAAGGCCGGGCCCUGAAGCCUCUCCGCUUCCCGCCGCCGCAGCCACGCGGGAGCACCCGGGACGAGCCGCCCCGCUCCUUCCCGGCCCUUCCGGCCCGCUCCCGCCUCGAGGUGUGGAAGCGCGCGGGCAAGAGCGGGCCGCCGGGCGCCCGAGGACGCUUGCUCGAGCGCAGGGUUGUGCGGACGCCGAGGGCCUUGCCCGCCUCCCCGGAAACCUGCGGCCGCACCGCGGACUAAGGGAGAGCCGCGCCGGCCUCGGCCUCGAAGGCGCAGCGCCACACCGACGCGACGCGGAGCGCGGGAGGCGCGAGGGGCGUUGGUCUCGGGUGCCGCCCUGGACGCCCACGCCGGCCAGGGGGAGACUCCUGGCUGGGCCCUGAGCCAGCCCGGCCCGCCCCCGGAGAAACCGUGGGCGGAGCCUGGAGUGUGCGCGCUCAAGGAAGGGCUUCGGGCAGCUGGCUUGGGCCGGGCCGGGCCGCGGGCGCCGUCGCCUGGGAGUAACUCCUGCCUGCCGUCCGUUGAGGGCUUGCUCUGGGUCGGACACGGGACCUGCGGCCUCACUCGACCCUCGCGGCAUCCCUGUGUCACAGAUGCUGCCAGCGCUGUACAGAUGGAGUGACUGAGUCUCCAAGAGGUUAACGGACUUGCCCAGAGCCACACAGCCGUUUGCGGGCCGAGCGGCACUCGGACCGCGGUCUGCCUAACGCCGCAGCCCUCCAGGCCUCGCUCCUUGUGCUGGACGCGUGGAACUGAGGCUGUCAGUUUGACAAGGCACCCUUUUACGGACCCUGCGUCUUUGUCAGUGCUGGAGUACAUGGGACACUUCCGCAGGGAAGUGAGCCGUACUCCCGGGAGGGACACGAGGAUUGUACCAGUGACUGAGAUGAGAUUGGGUGGCACAGAUGACGCCGCAGACGGAGCGCAGGGUCAGCAGGCGGUCCCGUGAGCGGCCGCCGCUCAGCCCUCCAGAGCGGGUGGUGAAGGAAAGCGCCCCGGGACUAGCUCCUGUGCGGGGGGGCUUCCCGGAGGCCAGAGCGAUGGCCUCUGUGCACAUUUGCUGGCACACUGGAUUGCUUGGGGGAGUCAAAGCACAAAGGUUUAUUAAUUAAAGUUUCCAAAUUCCCAGCAGAUACUAAUCUUCAGGAUUUAGGAAUGAAAAUUGAAAUUCUGGGGAAUUCCUGAAAUAUAUUAUUCUUUUUCAUAACUUUCUGUACUUUUUUAAACAAAUAAAUACAAAUUUAGUAGUAGUUAAAAAGAACUGUAGGCCAUAGUAAAUAUUCAAAAACUGGAAAAUGUCAGCAAACACUCUUGGUGGUGGUUGAAUAGCAAAAUGUUUAAAUAUUCACCUAGAUUGACAGCACUUCACAGUUAUGAGUUGAAAUUGCCAAUAUAAGCUUGUUUCCACGACACUUAUUUCUUGGAACAUCACAGAAUUUGUAUAAAAUACAGUAUGCAUGUAAACAUAUAAUUUCUAUUUGUGAGAGUGAGUCACUAUUAACAGCAGACAGGGCCAUAGACAGAUUUUUAAUAUGCCAACUGCCACCAAAAAAUCAUUAAAUUAUGAUAACUUCUCCCCUAUGUGCUCCUGUCCCAAGUUCCAGAAAUGUCUACCUUAACUUUAGAUUCUGAGUGUCAGUGUUUCCUUUUCUUAUUUUUUACUUGAUAUCAGUAGAUCCCUUCAAACCAGGAACUCCUGUAUAUUGUCAAGCAUUAAUUCUCAUAGGAGAAUUACAGUACUUUUUUUCUCAAUUUCUUCACAGAUUUUUGAGAUUCAGAAAAACACACAUUUUCCAAUAAAUGCCACAAAGGAAUUCCUGCACAGAAAUACUAUCUGGGCUGAGCAGGGGUGGUAAGGAAAGUCUGCUGCAGAGAUAUGACCUAGUAUUUUGUCAGGCUCGGUCAGGGAAGCUUCAUGGUAUCAGAGGCCUCAGAACCAGAGGAUCCAACAUGGAUUCCAGCUUUCAAGUUCCUAGUUGUGGAACCUUGGACAAACCACUUUACCUCUCUGAACUUCAAUUUAAUGGACAGAGGAGUAAUGUCUGGGGAGUAACAUGCCCGCUUUGUGAAACAAUACUGUAGAAGAGUUGAGAGUGUGGCUUUGGAGUCAGACAGUCUGAGGUUCAAAUCCUAGCUCCAUCACUUGCCUCCUCUUUGAUUUGGGGCAAGUUCUAACCACUCUAUGAAUUUUCUCUUCUGUAAAAUGGGGACACUGAUUGAAUCUAUUUCAUAGUGAUUGGGUGAAUUUAAAUGAGAUCUCACAUGGAAACGUGACACAGAGCAUGGUACAUUGUGAAUGCUCGGCAAGUGUAAAGCAGUAUAGUUACUGGCUGCAUCUACCUCACAGGGCAGUUGUGAGGGUGAAGGGGGGAGGGACAGUGGCAUGGGGUUUUCUAAGCUGUGAAAUGGUACCACAUGCUUCUCUUUUCUCCAGAGAUGGGAUGGUCAGAAUGUAUGAGUAGACAUUAGUGGUAUCCCCAAGUAGGGAGCCUGAGAAUAAUUAUAAUUCCUGUACUGUCACUGUGUUGAGGUCAUCGUAGCUGAAAAACAGGGUGUAGACAGCUCUCGGUUGACGGUUGAUUGCAGUCAAGUGGGCAAACUCCAGCACGGUAGACCAUGCUCUUGGGGACAAGUAGGAAGCUGAUGUUCAGGGAGUCUUUGGAGAAUGGCUAGUGUUAAAUGGAAUCUAGCCCCUUUUAUUCAGUGGGGUUCACAUCCCAGGAAGGGAGCGUGUAACAGAUGGUGGUGACAGAGGCUCUCUAAUCUGGCCUGGAACUCACUGGUGGAAGGCUGGAGUGAGGAGAUCUUACCAGAGAUUGUAGACCAGGCAUGGUUCAAAGACAUCUGUAAUCCAAAGAUGAUCUGAUGUGAUCCUGACAGCAGCCCAUAAAGUAAAUAUCAGCACUGCUCCAGUUUUUUAGAUGAGGGCUUGGAGUCUGGGAAAGCUAAGUCCAGUGCCCACAGUCACCGAGGUUCUGUGUGGUGGAGUCAGGGUCUAGAGAAUGAGUCUUUCUCCAGCACUGAGCUGUCUCAGCCCACCAGGUGCCAGAUGCUGAUCUUGAACAAGGAAGAAGAAAGCCCAAAUGUAUAAGGUUUUUAUGCCCAGCUGUCCUCCUCUCUUGCCUUUGGUAACAAUUCUUUUUUUUUUUUUUUUUUUGGUACCGGGGAUCGAACUUGGGACCUUGCACUUGCGAGGAAGGAGAUGGAACCACUGAGCUAAAUCCCCAGCCCUAUGGUAACAGUUCUCUCUGCUGAUAUUACUCCUACUUCUCUGAACACUGCUUCUUUGCUGCUCUUCUCCACUCAGCCCUUAAGUCAGCCUUUUGCACCCAUUCCGGACUCUCCACAGUUGAGGGAUCCUUAUGCCAAUGACUUUGGGCCCCAGUCACCUCUCGUUAGAAUGAGCCUGACCCUCUGAGCAGCAGUCUGACCAAGCCACUGCUUCCUUGACAUGCCCUCUCUGAAAUUCCUCUUUACCUUAAUUUCAAAUACUGGGGUGAGGGGGAAGGGAGACACCACCUAGGAAGCCUUCAAAGAAAAAGCCUUUUUUUUUUUGCUUUUUGAGACAGGCUGUCACUAUGUAGUCCAGGCUGACCUCAAACUCAUGGUGAUCCUCCUGCCUCAGCCUCACAAAUGCUGGGGUUACAGCUGAGCCGCCACUCCCGGCAGAAGAACCCGCUUGAAUAUGGGGCUAAUGACCUGCAGGGUAUGUUCUCUGAGAGCUGCCAACAGUUUGGAGGUGAACUUGGAGAGUGGAAUACAUUUCCUCAGUUAGCUCAGGGCCCAGCAAUGAGCCGUAUCCAGCAGCUGAAGUGGAAUAUGCAUCCAUGAGGAAAAGACAGGAGCCCCAGCCUCAGGAGGCUCCAGGCCGCUGGAGGAGACAGACAUGAGCAGUCCUCUUGAACUACAAACUCAUAAACUGUGACAAGGUCAUGAAGAGAAAGCUCAGAUGGGCGCUAGGAGAGAAUAUGACAGAGCUAAACCAGGAGGGGUUGGGGACAAAAAGGCCUUUUUGAGGAAAUGAUAAUACUGCAUCCCCGAGACCUGAGUGAGGGGAGAAGAAUUCAAUGUACAAACAACAGUAGGAAAGGGCUCGGUGUGCUGAGAAACUGAAUGUGCCCCGCGCAGCUGGGGCUGACGGUGCUGGGGGGCGGGGGGUGCAGAGGCCUGCAGGCCAUGGCAAGGGACUUGGACUUGUUGGUUUAACUUUUUAUUUGGAAAUAAUUUCAAAGUUAUAGGAAGUAAUUAUAGUUACAGAGAGUAACUGGAAGCCUGGUUUUCAUCCACACUUCGGUGGAAUGACGUGACUCAAUAUGCAAUCAGUAUGCAAAAAGCCCACUGACUGCUGUGUGAGACUUCAUAGGUGCUGGAGCUGGAGAGCAUGCUGCAGAAGGCAUCCGUCUAGCCUUUGUCCACAGCUCACCCACUGCUAACAUCUUCCCGGAGGCCGCAGGCCAUGGGCCCUCGGUGCCAAGCGCAGGCGUGGGACUUUUAUUCGGAGCUAUGAGUUCUAUGCAUCAUGUUCCUUUGGUACAGUGCAUGUUUCUGACCACAAUACAAUUCCCACUGCACUAGCUCUAACACUGCCACAACAUGCCAGCUAAUUUACUCAUCUCUUGUCACUUGUCUCUGUCUCUCUCCGUAUAGCAUUGUUUCCAUGUAGUACAGGGUCUGGUCUGGGAACGAUGUGUUGUAUUAUGUUGUUAUUUCUCUUUAGCAUCCUUUAUUCUGGAGUGGUUAGCCUUCCUUUGUCUUUUAUGAUGUUGAAAUUUUCAAAGAAUUCAGUCUUCCUCUUUAUUUUAAUAGAUUGUUUCUCCUUU